GAGGCCACCACUUCCUAGUCUGGGGCAGCCCCACCGCUCCCAGUUACACUCACUUGUGCAUUGACUGGAAUCCACCUUCCACAUGUCUAAUGGUUGAUAAAGGAUCCUGUGCCACAGCGGCCUUUCCCAGAACCUGAUAGUGUACAGUUGCUGUCCUUCCUCCAGGGUGGGGCUGGAGGCUCCGCUCCAGCUAAAAGGAGGCAGACAAGCUGAUUUCCCCCCAACCCCCACCCCCAGGGCCAGGCAUUAACUAAACUUUAGAUUUUCAAGCAAUACGCUGUGGGAGACACCAGUGACAAAAUGCAAACGAAGGUUAUGUAAUUUUGCCUGUUAAAUUGGCAGAGGUGAGAAAAGGCUAAUAUAUUCAGAGUAGUGUUUGGAUGUGGGGAAAUGAGUUCCCUCUCAGAAUGCUGCUCACUGGGGCACAGCAUUUUGAAGGUGGUUCCAAAUUAUGACAUCUUAAACUUUACCCUGUCCAUCAAGCAAGAGUAGGGGACAGAGCAGCUGCCUUGGACACAGCGAGGCUAGUAGGAAAAGAAGCACCCAAACUCCCCUUUCUUACAUGAACACGUUUCUCUCUAGCAACCAGCAAAUGCAUGGAAAGAUGGCACCUCUAAAGAGCUCCGUGCCUUGCACAGAGAAACCAGGAAGGGUCCAGGAGUCACCAGAUAACAGUAUGCCCUGGUCAGAAGGCUCGAAGGGUGAAGAAAUAAAGAAGUGUGGCCGGGAAGGGAUACUCCUGGGCAAAUACAACCAGCAGUACCACAAACUGUUUAAAGACAUCCCCUUGGAGGAGAUGGUUCUCAAAGCAUGUUCCUGUGCCCUCCAGAGAGACCUCCUUCUCCAUGGCCGGCUCUAUAUCUCCCCCAACUGGCUCUGCUUCCAUGCCAGCCUCUUCGGCAAGGAUAUCAAGGUGGUCAUUCCUGUGGUAUCUGUGCAGUUGGUCAAAAAGCACAAGAUGGCACGGCUCCUUCCCAAUGGACUGGCCAUCACUACCAACACCAGCCAGAAGUACGUCUUUGUGUCUCUGCUCUCCCGGGACAGUGUCUAUGACAUGCUGAGAAGAGUCUGCACUCACCUGCAGCCCUCCAGCAAGAAGAGUCUGAGUGUAAGGAGAUUUCCGGAGGAAGCCAAGUGCGAAUCUCCGGAAGUCCUUAUCCCUGAGAUGAAGUGGAGAAAAGUGUGCCCAGCCUCCCCAUCCCCGUCACUCCCAGACACUGUCUCUUGUGUCUCCCGGAUACCCACAGACUCCACAGAUAGCUGCUUCGCCCCCAGGAAGCCGCCAGCGUCUGAGACCGUCUGUGAGGAAGACGCCUUGGAGGAAGAGCCCAGCACGGAGCAGGCGUUGAGGCUGUGGGAUUCCCAGCUCCUCAAAGUCAUCUUUGUGAUGAUCUGCUUCUUACUGGCAUCCUCGUCCUAUCUGGCAUUCCGAAUCUCUCGGCUGGAACAGCAGUUAUGUUCCUUGAACUGGGGUGGUCCACUCCCAGGGGACAGGUGA